AUGAAUGUUGUUCAGUGCUACGCUCCAACCAAUGACAGUGAAGAGGAGGACAAAGACUACUUUUACAACAGACUCCUGAAAAUAUUAGAGACUCUCCCAGACAAAGACAUUACCAUCCUUAUGGGAGACUUUAAUGCCAAAAUUGGACCUGAUAACACAGGAUACGAACAAGUCAUGGGGACCCACGCUCUGGGAGAGAUGAGUGAGAAUGGAGAGAGAUUUGUGGAUCUGUGUGCACUUAACAACCUGGUCAUAGGAGGCAGCAUCUUUCCUCACAAGCGGAUCCACAAGAGUACCUGGGUACGCCAGCAGGCAUGA